CUGGGGCUGGAGUCAGUUCAGGGCUCAGUCAAUAAUUGGGCUUGGACCUCAGUCUGUGACCAAGAUCAAGGCUCAGUCUAUGACUACAUUCAAGGCUCAGCCUUUGACCAGAUUCGGUCAGUGCACAGUCUGAAACGAGGGCUCAGUGUGUGACCAGUGUUGUGUGACCCAGGGUUAGACCUCAUUUUGAAGACAGGAUUCUAUCAGUGAUUUGGCUCAGGGCUCAGUCUGUGACCAAAAUCAUAGCUCAGUCUGCCAUCAUGUUCAAGAUUUAGUUAAUGGCUAGACUCUGAGCUCAGUCUAGACCUGGGGUUGGGGCUCAGUCUAAAAUCAAGGGUUAGUCUGGACUGGGGUUAGAAUUCGGUCAGUGACUAUGGCUCAGGCUUAGACAGAGAAUCAGGGCUCAAUCUGGGUCCAGAAUCAAGGUCUCAGUUGGGAUCAGCCUUAGUCAGACUUGGAUCAGGCUCUGUACAUGGGUAGAGUCAGGGCUUGAUCUAAGACUAUGGUCAGGGUAGGGUAUAGGGUCAGUCUUGGCAUGGGAUAAGGCCUCAGUUAACACCAAAAUUGGGGCUCAAAUUGGAUCUGGGAUCAGGGCCAGGGUUUAGUUUGGUUCUAUGCUCUGUUCUGAGCUCCCGAAAAGCAAUUUCUGGUACAUGAGCGCUCAGGGCAGGUUGGCAUGCAGGAAAUGAGAACCCCCCGGCAAGCUUAUGUUCUUGCAGUAAGCCUCGCCUUUCCUGCCGAAGCCGGUGUCCUAGAGUCUUCUAACCUACAUGGCUCUGCUGCCCAAGAUCCCCUCGCACCAGAAUAAAAAUAGCCACUCACUUCAGAGCAGCUGACAGCGGGUGCUGGGCUGCCUGGGAGGAGGGGGAGCUGAGGAGAGGGAGGAGGUAUGCCUGAGCGCAGCCCCAGCUGUGUGACCUUGGGAAAGUCACUCCUGCUUGAACCCAUUUCCUGUGGGGCAGAAUGGGAGCUGAGGAUGACACCUGCCCCGGAGGGGGAGAAUGAGGAGACAAUGACGUAAUAUGUGGUACUCGGAGCAAUAAAGAACCCUGGAGCGAAGGGAGGAGAAGUGUUCCUCCGUGCCCUGUAUGCUUCCUCCUCACAGAAGCCCUCCUUAAUGCUUCCCUCUUCUACCUUCCUACAGGACCCUAUGGCACACUCUACAUCUCAAGAGAUUUAUUUAUCGGCUAGUGGCCAGUGUGACCUCCGUCCCUGUGGGUCUGGGUCAGGGUGACCAGGGAGUGAAAGGAAGGAGGACAGGCCCUUCUGUAUCAUUACCAUCCUCAGGUGGCUCAAGGAAGAGGAGGAGGAAAGAGAAAGUCUCUCUCCCUUCCCCGCUUAUGAUGGGUUUACUCUGAGCCAAAGGACCACGAGGGCACAUAUCCAGAUUUUGCAUCCUGUCAUACAUAGCCUGGACCUUUCAUGCUCCAUUUUUUUGCCCCUGCUCCUCCCUCUGCUUCCCAGGGCAUUUCUCCUUUUUUUCAAUUUGGCAACACUGACUCUCCUUCAAAGGAGGAGUUCAACAGUCACUUCUAUGGGGGAGAAUUAUCCACUCUCUCCCUGGGAACCCCAUGUUCUAUCCCCUAAUGGCUGUGUAAUCCCUAGAGCUCAGUUUCUUCCUCUGUCGAAUGGGGAUCUUAUUACCAGCCUCCCAGGGUUACUAUGGAGAGUGAGAUAAUUUGUCAAUCACCAGCUCCCUCCUUUCCUAUUCCUGACCUGAACAGCCUGAAGGGUAGCACUAAGAGUUUCCAAGGGGGGGGGGGGAUUGGACAAGAUGUACCCUCUGCCUCAGCACACCACCCCCCUACUCCCUGGAGUGAGGACAGGGAGGGAGCCAGGAGGGGCCUUUGGAGACAGCCGUCUCCAGGGGGGCGGUUCUCCCUGGCAGCUGCCCCCAGCCUGCCGCCCAGAGCCCCAGAGCCUGUUAUCAACCUCCUUAGUCAUCACACCAGGAGCUCAAAUAUAGCUCUUACCCUGCUCCCUUCUCAACCAGGGUCCGCCCCCCCCACCCGCCCCCUUCUCCUGGCAAAGCCAAGUCUGGGUCUCAGAGCCCCUGUCCCUUCCCCCCAGGAAUGCAACUGACACUGGCCUCAGUUUCAGCAUCCACUAAAUGGGCAGGUUGGAGCAGAUGAUGAUGGUGGUGAUGCCAACUGCAGAGCUGCUGCCCUCGCCGAGAGCUCGCUUGUGCCCGGCUCUGUGCUAAACACUUCAGAUAUAUCCUCUUGUUGAAUCUUCACAGCAACCUUAGGAGGUAUCUACUGUUUUUAUCUCCCUACACAAAUCAGGAAUCUGAGCGACCUCCCCAGGUAAGCCAGUGGCAAGGCCAGAAACAAAGUCCCCUGUGGGAUUUGACUUCAGGGAGGGACGAUGACGGGAAAUCCUGGGCUGCCCUGCAGUGUGCAGCAAUCCUCUGCACACUCAUUUGCAUGACAUUUGCCUGGCUUCCAAAGGACACUGAUGUCCCUGUCUGAGCUGUGGAUGGCUGAGCUCUGCGACAGGCCCCAGGGACUGGGAUCUGCCCCCUCCCCAACUUCCAGGCUUGCACUGGAGGCCAGUACUCACAGGGCUGGGGGGGGGGCUCCUUCCUCCAUUUUCUCAUCUAUACAAUAGGAGUCAGACGACUGGGCAGGGUAAGUCCAAAUUUUCCUUCCCUCUCUGGUGGACUGAGUCCCACCACCAUCUCUUCUUCUAUCAACGGAACAGCCCAGGUGCCUCCCUGCCCCCAUCUCUCCUCCACCGUUACUAUCACCCUCAUCCCAGUGACCACCAUCGCUUCACUCUACUACCUCGACCAUCACCAACAGCUGUACCUUUGUUAUCACCUCCACGACCUCCAUUUACCCGAAACAUCACCAGCACCUCCAUCAUCAGUGUCGGUCCUCCACUUCCAUUAUCAGAAUUCCGUACGUCAUUAUCUCCACCACAGUCACCUCCCCUGUAGCCACUCAUCACUUCCACCAUCCUUCAUCACCCCAAAUCCUUUCUACUCCAGGGCCCUAACAUGGUCUGGGGCUCCGCCCCUGCAAAUUCCAGCCUCACAGAACUGCUGGCUGGGAAACCCAGACUAGACCCCGAGACAGUCUAGCAGAGGGGGGAAUCCCAUCCAGGAGAAGGAGACGAGGCAUCUGUCCAUGCAGCUUUCAUGCAGGGGACCACACAGGCCCAUGAGGCUACAGAGGUGACCGUGGACCACCAGAGAGCUCUGGGUACAAAACUCUGGACAUUUUCUGGCUACACUGAGUGCGAUCAUUCCUCUCGAAGCAAUCCAGCAAUUCUGGAGAAAUCAGGAUCCAGGGACUACCUAGCAGAUAAGAGUGAGAGAGGGAAGGAGGCAGAAAUCAGAGGGCCCACAGUCAUCCCUGGCCACAUCUGAGCCCUGUCACUCAUUCACUCUCCUCACUCACUCACUGAGUCAUCGGUUCAUUCAGCAAAUAUUUCCCUGGACCCUGUGCUGGGUCCUGGCCAUCGAAGUUUCCCGGGCCUGUUUUUCACCUUCCUGACAGUCUGUUCCCCCACUGCUGGGCCUUUCUCCACCCUAGUUCCUCCCCUUCAGACACCCCAAUUGGCUCCCAUGGGUCUUGGGUCACCGAGAAAGCUCCCUUUCCUCACUGAAACUCUUGAGACCUCCCCAGCUCACCCGGUGAACUUGAGCUAGUCCCUCACCCGAACCACACUCAGUGAAUACUGGAGAGAGAAAAGCUGAGAGGGGCUGGGCUGUGAAGACAUCCAGGACAGGUGGCCAGGUGUCUGCCGAAUAGCAGGGGAUGGUGGUGAGGCUGGGAUGGGAGGGGACUCCAGUGGCUGGAGCCUGAGUGUAUGGCUCUGGGAUGGGAAGGAUAGAGCCAGGCAGGGGGCGGGCACCAAGGACCGAAAAUGGGGCAAAGGUGGGGGCCAAAGCAAGCCCUGGGCUGGCAGAGAGUCAGGAAGCUCACAGGAUCAUGGCAGGGUCUCCCUCUCGGUUGUCUCUGCGGCCCUGGAGAGGGUGCUGACCUCUGAGCUACCUGUCUCUGCGUUGUCCCUCAGGUGUGUCAAUACCCCACCUUUGAGUGAGGACCAGCCAGGCCUACGGCAGGAGGGCGGGGGCAGACAGGCAGCCUCCUCCAUGUCUCCAGUUGGGACCCAAGCCAGGCCAAUGGGCACAUUCUCCACCCUGCCCCAUGGCCAUUUCAGCCUCAGCAGUCAGCUUGAAGGGUUCCCAGAGUGUAGGCCACCUUGCCUUGGCCACCUCUAGGUUGGGAAGUAGGUGCCUGUGUCUUUAAAUUCUCAGCAGGUUGAAACGGCUGAUGACAUCACUGGUUCCCGGGAGCGGAGGAGCCGGAGCCUGAGCCCAGGGAGCCCAGGCUGCUAGGGGCUGCAGACAUGGAGGGCCAGAGCAGCACCAGUAGCAGGAGGCCAGGCACCGGGGCUGGCCUGGGACCCCUGCCCGUGCCCGGGCCCCAUGGGGUUUCCCAAACUGGGGCACCCUCCAAGGUGGACUCAAGUUUUCAGCUCCCAGUGAAGGAGAAGGCGGCCCCAGUGCCCUCGGAACCAAGGUUGGCUCUAGCAGCUGUGGGGCCACGAGCAGCUCUAGCACCUUCCACAGAGGGGCCGAGGUUGGCUCUGGCGUCUCCUCGACCCACCCUGGCUCCACUGUCUACCCCUGGAGGGCAGAAGACAGCUCUUGCCCGCCGCAGUUCCAGCCUAGCUCCAACACCCGUGGGCCAGUUAGUCAUGUCUGCCUCAGCUGGGCCAAAGCUGCCUCCGGUGACCUCAGGCUCAGUCCUGGCUCUAGCACCCAUGGGGCAGGUGGUGAUGUCCGCCUCAGCAAGGCCGAGGCCUCCCCCAGCCACCCUGAGGCCCAGGCUGUCUCCGACGUCCAGGGACCAAAAGCAGGUGCCACCUGCCUCCGUGGGACCCAAGCCAGCACUGGCUGUCUCAGGCCUGAGCCUGGCCCUGGCAUCUGAGGAGCAGCCCCCACAACCCCCUUCCAACUCUUCCCUAGUGCCCAGUCCAGUUUUGUCGUCCUCUCAGGACCAGGCCCUGGCUCCAGCUUCUGUGACGUCAGCCUCGGCCUCUGUCGGAUGGACACCAGCUAAACAGAGGGAUGCCCCAGCCCCUAAACCUCUCCCCUCUUCCGAAGAGCAUCUCCAGCCUUCAGUUCAGGCAUCUGGUCCUGUGGGCUCCACAUCCUUAAUCCAAAUCCCCCCAGACCCCUGGAUCUCCCCCUCCUUCAGAGCCCGGCCUGAGGCCCCCCGCAGCAGCCCCGAGGAUCCUGUCCUGCCCCGGCCACCCCAGACCCUGCCCCUGGAUGUGGGCCAGGGCCCUCCAGAGCCUGCUUCCCGUUCCCCAGGACUUCUGUCCCCCACCUUCCGGCCAGGGGCCUCCUCGGCCCAGACUGUGCCCCCACCUCUGCCCAAGCCACCCCGGUCUCCCAGCCGUUCUCCCAGCCGCUCCCCCAACCGCUCCCCCUGUGUGCCCCCAGCCCCUGAGGCGGCCCUCCCCAGGCCUGGCACCCAGGGUGCAGGGCCUAGUGGGCACUUGAGCCCCAGUCUUCAGCCCUGCGAAGCUCCAGCUCCGGUCACCACCUCCCCUUCUACCUCCACCUCAUCAUCCUGUUGGUCAGCUCAGCCUACCUGCAAGAGCGACCCUGGCUUCUGGAUCACUGUGGUCACGUGGAAUGUGGGUACGGCCAUGCCCCCUGACGACGUCACAUCCCUCCUCCACCUGGGCAGCAGCGGUGAUGACAGUGAUGGGGCAGACAUGAUUGCCAUAGGGUUGCAGGAAGUGAACUCCAUGAUCAACAAGCGGCUCAAGGACGCACUCUUCACAGACCAGUGGAGCGAGCUCUUCAUGGACGCACUGGCACCCUUCAACUUCGUGCUGGUGAGUACUGUGCGGAUGCAGGGCGUCAUCCUGCUGCUGUUUGCCAAGUACUACCACCUGCCCUUCCUGAGGGACGUGCAGACUGAUUGCACGCGCACUGGCCUGGGUGGCUAUUGGGGCAACAAGGGUGGAGUGAGCGUGCGACUGGCGGCCUUCGGGCACAUGCUCUGCUUCUUGAACUGCCACUUGCCAGCGCACAUGGACAAGGCAGAGCAGCGCAAGGACAACUUCCAGACCAUCCUUAGCCUCCAGCAGUUCCCGGGGCCCGGGGCGCAUGGCAUCCUGGAUCACGACCUCGUGUUCUGGUUUGGGGACCUCAACUUCCGCAUUGAGAGCUAUGACCUGCACUUCGUUAAGUUUGCCAUUGACAGCGACCAGCUCCACCAGCUCUGGGAGAAGGACCAGCUCAACAUGGCCAAGAACACCUGGCCCAUCCUGAAGGGCUUCCAGGAGGGGCCCCUCAACUUUGCACCCACCUUCAAAUUUGAUGUGGGUACUAACAAAUAUGAUACCAGUGCCAAGAAGCGGAAGCCAGCCUGGACAGACCGUAUCCUGUGGAAGGUCAAGGCUCCGUGUGUGGGUCCCAGCCCCUCAGGACGGGAAAGCCACCGCCUCCAGGUGACCCAGCACAGCUACCGCAGCCACAUGGAAUACACAGUCAGUGACCACAAGCCCGUGGCUGCCCAGUUCGUCCUGCAGUUUGCCUACAGGGACGACGUGCCGCUAGUGCGGCUGGAGGUGGCAGACGAGUGGGUGCGACCAGAGCAGGCUGUGGUGAGGUACCACAUGGAAACCGUGUUCGCCCGCAGCUCCUGGGACUGGAUCGGCUUGUACCGGGUGGGUUUCCGCCACUGCAAGGACUACGUGGCUUACGUCUGGGCCAAACACGAGGAUGUGGAUGGGAACGUCUACCAGGUGACCUUCAGUGAGGAGUCACUGCCCAAGGGCCAUGGAGAUUUCAUCCUGGGCUAUUACAGCCACACGCACAGCAUCCUCAUUGGCGUCACUGAGCCCUUCCAGAUCUCGCUGCCCACCUCGGAGCCGGCCAGCAGCGGCACAGACAGCUCAAGUGCCAGUUCAGAGGAUGAGGAUGACAGUACCCUGGAGCUGCUUGCAUCCAAGUCCCGUAGCCCCAGCCCUGGCAAGUCCAAGAGACACCGUAGCCGCAGCCCAGGCCUGGCCCGCUUCCCUGGCCUUGUCCUGCGGCCUUCAUCCCGUGAACGCCGUGGUGCCAGCCGAAGCCCCUCACCCCAGAGCUGCCGCCUGCCCCGGGUGGCCCCCGACAGGAGCAAUGACAGUGGCAGCCGGGGCAGUAGUGAGGAGGGGCCCUCUGGGCUGCCCGGUCCCUGGGCCUUCCCACCGUCUGUGCCUCGAAGCCUCGGCUUGCUGCCUGCCCUGCGCCUGGAGACCGUCGACCCUGGUGGGAGGGGUUCCUGGGGACCUGAUCGGGAGGCCCCAGCCCCCAGUAGCCAGGGCCGGCAGGGGCUGGAGGAAGGGGGUCUGGGGCCCUGAGGGUGGGUGGGUGGAUGGGCCCAGGUGGCCGCCACCGUGCCCUGAUCUCCUGCAAACCCACCUGUGUUCCUUUUGCUGCUGCCCCGGCUUCAUCCGCACCUGCCACUCUGUCUUGGCGAGGGGUGGCCAAGUGGGGUCCCCCAAACUCAGUCCUGGCACCUCAACUGUGACAAUCAGCAAAGCCCUAUCCGCCCCCAUCUGAGAUGGGGGGGGGUUGCAAUCCUGGAGGUCAUCAAUUAGAAAUUAAAUUCUCCAGCAUCACUCCUGACUCCUUCCUAACUUGUUAGCAGUCUGGGGGUGGGGGUAGUCAGAGGAAGGGACUAAAGAGGCAAGAGGAUGAUAGAUCUGACAAUUACCAGGAACCAGCCGUAUACAUUACACAUGCC